UGUGACACUGCCCAGAGGGAGCCAUGGCUGCAGAGAACCCGGUGGAAAGUCUCCAGGAGGAAGCGACAUGUCCCGUCUGUCUGGAGUAUUUCACAGAACCUGUCACUCUGGAGUGUGGGCACAAUUUCUGCCGAGUCUGCAUCACCCAGUGCUGGGAGGGAUCCGAUACAGCUGCCUCCUGCCCUCAGUGCAGAGAAACUGUGCAGCAGAGAAACCUCAGGCCCAACAGGCAGCUGGCAAAUGUUGUAGAAAUCGCCAAACGGCUGAGUUUACAGGCAGCAAAGGGAACAGGAGGGGAUGGGGUGUGUGAGAGACACCAGGAGACUCUGAAACUGUUCUGCGAAGAGGAUCAAACCCCAAUCUGUGUGGUGUGUGACAGAUCCCGGGCUCACCGCGCUCACACGGUGGUUCCCAUAGAGGAAGCUGCCCAGGACAUUUCUGUUUGUCAGGAAAAAAUCCAGGCCCAUUUGCGGACCCUGAGGGAAGAGAGAGAAAAGCUGCUGGGAUUUAAAGAGGCUGUAGAGAAGAGAAGCCAGGAGCAUCUGAAACAGACAGAAACAAAGAGGCAGAAGAUUGUGUCUGAAUUUCAGCGACUGCGGCAGUUCCUGGAGGAACAAGAGCGACUCCUGCUGGCCCAGCUGGACAAGCUGGAGGAGGAGAUUGUGAAGAUACAGAAUGAAAAUGUCAGUAAACUCUCUGAGCAGAUUUCCCAUCUCAGUGAGCGGAUCAGUGAGAUGGAGGGGAAGUGUCAGAAGCCAGCGAGUGAAUUCUUGCAGGAUGUCAGAAGCACCUUGAGCAGAUGUGAGAAGGGGAAGUUCCAGCAGGCAGUGGAGAUUUCUCCUGAACUGGAAGUGAGACUCAGUGGUUUAUCCCAGAAGUCUAUUGCUGUAAUGGAGACUCUGAGGAAGUUCAAAGGCCUCAGAACUUCGCCCACCCACUCCUGCAAUUGA